AUGCCGGGGAGACCUUCCACCCGAGUGGUUCAUGCGAGGAGCAGCACCUGCACCUACAUCCUGGCCAAGACCUGCACCGAUGCCAGUCAUCUUACACCAUUCUCUAUCAGCAUAGAGAAAGAAGAUUGGGGAACAAGGAACGUGUCUGUGGCCAAGCUGGUGUCCAUUCAGGUGUAUGGGAUCACACUCACCCUGCUGCAGAACAAACAAGGGCUCAUCAUGGUGAACGGGGUGUCCCACAACCUCCCAGUGAUCGUGGCUGAUGGGCAACUUAGAGCAUAUCAACAUGGCACAAACAUUCUGGUGCAAACCAACUUCGGCCUCACUGUGAGCUACGACCUGGUUUACCAGGCCAGGGUCACCAUCCCAGGAAGCUAUGAGGGCCAGACGUGCGGCCUGUGUGGGAACUACUAUGGACGGGAAGACGAGGAGUUCCUGCUCCCCAGUGGCAGGACAGCCCCUGAUGUGGUAGCAUUUGGCUCUGCUUGGGAAGUCGAGAUCCCAGGAGGAUCCUGUACAGACAGAUGUGCUGGAAACAGCUGUCCAGUUUGCGAAGAGAAGAAGAAGGACGUCUUCAAAGGGCGCAACUACUGUGGGCUGCUCACAGACCCUGACAGCCCCUUCGCGGCCUGCCACAGUGCGGUCAGCCCCAGCGUGUAUCAGAACAACUGCCUGUAUGAUGUGUGCCUGGGAAACGGGGAUGCACAGGUCCUGUGCCAGAGCAUCCACAGCUACGUGACAGCCUGCCAAGAGGCUAAGGUCUUCAUCCAGCCCUGGAGGAGCGCCUCCUUCUGCCCUGUGAGCUGCCCAGUCAACAGCCACUACGAGGUCUGCACUGACCUCUGCUCCACCACCUGCUCUGGAGACAUCAUGGACUGCCCAGAGACCUGUGCUGAAGGCUGCCAGUGUGACGAGGGCUUCUUCUUCGAUGGCCAGGGCUGUGUGACUCCAGAGAGCUGUGGGUGCUUUGAGCGUGGAAGAUACUACAAGCCCAAUGAGACGGUCCUGAUGAACGAGUGCCAGCAAAGCUGCACGUGUGUUCCUGCCCGAGGGGUGACCUGUAAAGCCCAUGGCUGCUCCCGAGAAGAAAUCUGCCAGAUUAGAGAUGGCGUCAGGGCCUGCGUCAGCAAAGCCUGGAACUUUGACCCAUAA